CCACUGGGUGGCGCUGCCCGCUCGGCCCGGCGCUCGCGGAGCCGCGAGCUGCAGCCGCGGCGAGCGCACCUGCCCCGCCUCCGCCAGGCCGGCCGCGGGGCAUGCAGCGGGCUGGGGGCGGGGCUCUGAGACCCGGGCGCAACUACGGGCUCCCAGGCAGCCUCCGCCAGCUGGACCUCGCCGCCCUCCUGAUGCUCCUCGUGGACGCCGACCGGCAGGAGCCCAUGCGCAGCGGAGCGCGCGAGCUCGCCCUCUUCCUGACCCCCGAGCCUGGGGCCGAGGCGAAGGAGGUGGAGGAGACCAUCGAGGGCAUGCUGCUCAGGCUGGAGGAGUUCUGCAGCCUGACCCACCUGAUCAGGAGUGAUACUUCACAGAUCCUGGAGGGACACAUCCCUGUCCUUAAGGCCAAACUGACAGAAAUGCGUGGUAUCUACGCCAAAGUGGACCGGCUAGAGGCCUUCGUCAAGAUGGUUGGACGCCACGUCGCCUUCCUGGAAGCAGACGUGCUUCAGGCUGAGCGGGACCAUGGGGCCUUCCCACAGGCCCUCCGGAGGUGGCUGGGAUCCGGAGGGCUCCCAUCCUUCGGGAACAAGUCGCCUGCACCGGUGCCCCUGACGUAUGAGCUGCCUGCACUGUAUAGGACGGAAGACUUUUUUCCUGUGGACGCCCGGGAGGCACAGUACUGCCGCCGCACCUGCCCUCCGCCUCUGUGAGCUUUGUGCUCUUCCCCUCAGGAAUGCUGCAAGUGGCACUGUGUACAUGGAGUAGCUUGGCUUUUUAUUUAUUUAUUUUUUGUGUUGCUUUUAUUUUACAUUUACAAAUAAUUUUUAACAAUGUAGAGAUGGGGUCUCACUAUGUUGUCCAGGCUGAGCUCAAACUCUUGGGCUCAAGUGAUCACCUGCCUUGGCCUCCCAAAGUGCUGGGAUUACAGGCAUGAGCCACAUUGCCUGGCCAGCCAUUUUUCUGUUGAGGUAACUUUUGCAAUUUUUUUUUUAUGAGACAACUGUCACUGAGGCUGGAGUAUAGUGGUAUGAUCACGGCUCCCUAAAGCCUCAAACUCCUGGGCUCCAGUGAUCCUCCUACCUCGGCCUCCCAAAUAGCGGGGACCACAGAAGUGUACCACCAUGCCCAGCUACUUUUCAAAUUCAUUUUAUUUUUUGUAGAGACAGGGUCUCCCUAUGUUGUUCAGGCUGCUCUUAAACUUUUGGCCUCCUAAAACGUUAUGUUAGCACAAACUUUAAUUGAAGUAUAAUUUACAUUACAGAAUGGGUUGCCUAAGUGGUUCACUAAAUUUUUCACAAACUGAAUGCAUCUAUUUAAGCCUCAGCAGACUGAGAAACCAACCAAGCAACAUUAUCAGCACUGAGCAGCCCCCUCAGCCCCCUUCUGGUCCAUGCCUCUGCCCGUGACCACCCCCAGCCCAGGCUGACAGCAUCCUGACAUCUAACCAUGUAGGCUGGAGUUCCUGGUUUCUUUGCUUUGUAUAAAGGGGACGAAUGGGAUGUGUACCUACAGUGUGUCAUCUCUUGUCUCUGGCCUCACUGACUUGAUGCUACCUGUGGGAGGUGUCCUGAUUGCUGUGUCCCUGUAGAUCAUUCAUUCUCAUGGCUGUGUUGUAUUGGCUGGGACUGUUUUUAACGAAGGGAGCUUGGACACUGUGCAUGCCCCAGUGUGCUUAGGGAGAGCAGACAUCGGAUGGAAAGCUGGCUGGGCGCUGUGGUUCAUGCCUGUAAUCCCAGCACGUUGGGAGGCCAAGGUGGGCAGAUCACUUGAGGUCAGGAAUUCGAGACCAGCCUGGCCAACAUAGUGAAACCUCAUGUCUACUAAAAAUACAAAAAUUAUCCAGGCGCUGUGGCGCACACCAGUAAUUCCAGCUACUCAGGAGGCUGAAGCAUGAGAAUCGCUUGAACCUAGGAGGUAAAGGUCACGGCAGGCCAAGGUCGUGCCACUGCACUCCAGCCUAGGCAACAGAGCGAGACCUUGUCUCAGAAAAAAAAAAAAAUGGAGAAAGUUCAUGUUAAUUUUUUAGACAAGCAGUUGAGGACACAUGUUUAAUGGUGAGUGUCUGCUGAUUGUUGGGCACUCCCAGACUUCUUUCUCUUCCCAGCACCUGAAGUAGAGGCCAGGGUGAGUUGGAAGGAAAUACCAUGUGAUUAAGCCACAACAACCUGAGUGUCCUAAAGCAGAGACCCACAGGCCCCACACUAGGAGCAUAGCCCUGAGGUUAGCCCGCCUGGCGGCACUGUCCGUUCCCACGCCUCUUGGCUAUGUGGACUGGGCUUUUCCCUUGCCCUCUCUGAGCCCAGCCUCCCCUGCGGUAAGACGUGAGAACGUCUCUGGCCUGAUGGGUUGAGGUAAGGGUGACACGAGGUGAGAUGUGUGUGUGCUGAAUACAAGGCCUAGUGAGGGGCUCUCAGUAGUGGGAGGCUGAUGUUGCAGGGACCAGGCUGUGAUGGGGAGAGGGUUGACUGUGCUGCAUUUCUCAGCUGACCAGCAGCAUCCCAGGGCCUGAAGAGCGAGUGACUCAGGGAGUGUCCUUACAUGUCAGAGUUAGAAGUCACAGGAGAGGCCGGGUGCGGUGGCUCACGCCUAUAAUCCCAGCACUUUGGGAGGCCGCGGCGGGUGGAUCACGAGGUCAAGAGAACAAGACCAUCCUGGUCAACAAGGUGAAACCCCGUCUCUACUAAAAAUACAAAAAUUAGCUGGGCAUUGUGGUGCGCGCCUGUAGUCCCAGCUACUCGGGAGGCUGAGGCAGGAGAAUUGCUUGAACCCAGAAGGCGGAGGUUGCAGUGAGCCGAGAUCGUGCCAUUGCACUCCAUCUCAAAAAAAAUAAAAAAAAGAGUCACAGGGCUGUUCUCUCUGCGUUUCCCUGUCCUGUUAGGAGGGCCAAGAUUGCACAGGGAAAUCUAUGGGAAAUGGUGACAGUUGAACUAGAAGUAGCCAUUGCAAAUUUCCUAGGAUUUGCACGGCCAAACAAUGAGUUUUAAGGGACACUUGGAGAAAGGGACACUUCUUUAAGGGAGAAAGAAGGCUGGGACACUGCGCCCUGGCACGAACCCCCAACCUCAGUCCUCUGAGCGGCUCCACUGUCCUUGUGCCAGGUGACUUCAGCUACGUCCUCAUUAAAGCAAGUGCCUGACAUUUCCAUUGUCAAUGAUGUCCUCAAUUGCUGCCCAUUGAUGGCCUCUAACCCCUUGGUAAGGGUGACUGCAGCCUAGGAAAGGGUGAUCUGAUCUUUUUCUUUUUAAAAUAGAGAUGGAGUCUCACUAUGUUGUCCAGGCUGGUCAACCUCCUGGGCUCAAGUGAUCCUCCUACCUGGGCCACGCAAAGUAUUGGCCACAGAGGCCUGCCUGUCUUUUUCUUUUGUGGCUGAUACUGGACAGUUACAAUAGUAGAAAGGUCACUGCGGAGUUUUUCCCAAGAGCAAGGCUCUUCAGUGAACCACUUUCCCAGCGGAUGUGAACUUCAUGCUCACCAAAGCAAGAGGUUUCAAGACAGCAGCCCAUGGGGUUGUAUCUGAUUGGCAGAAAUGUGUGGUUUGCCCUGAUGUGUUUUAAGAGAUUUUCAUGUUGUGACAACUGGGUGACCUUCUGGAAAAAAACAGAGCUCCAUACCUCACUCAGCACACCUGGAACAAUUCCAGAAUUGCAAAUCGAUUAGGAGCUUAAUGUAUAAAAUGAAUCUGUUGGCUGGGUGCAGUGGCUCACACCUGAAUCCUUCGACUAUGGGAGGCCAAGGCAGGUGGAUCGCUUGAGCUCAGGAGUUCAAGACUAGCAUGGGCAACAUGGCAAGACCCCUUCUCUACAAAAAAUGCAAAGAUUAGCCAGGCAUGUUGGUGCUUGCCUGUAGUCCUAGCUACUUGUGGGGAGGUGGGAGGAUUGCUUGAGCCAGGGAAGUUGAGGCUGCAGUGAGCUGAGAUUGUGCCACUGCACUCCAGCCUGGGUGACAGUGAUACUCUGUCUUAAAGAGUAAAAUAGAGCCUGGCGCGGUGGCUCAUGCCGGUAAUCCCAGCACUUUGGGAGGCCAAGGAGGGUGGGUCACCUGAGGUCAGGAGUUUGAGACCAGCCUGGCCAACACGGUGAAACCCCAUCUUUAUUUAAAAAAAAAAAAAAAAUAGUAUGGAUGUGGUGGCUAAUGCCUGCCUAUAAUCUCAGCAAUUUGGGAGACUGAGGUAGGCGGAACACCUGAGGUUGGGAGUUCAAGACCAGCCUGACCAACAUGGAAAAACUCCCAUCUCUAGUUAAAAUACAAAAUUAGCUGGGCCUGGUGACACAUGCCUAUAUAUCCCAGCUACUCGGGAGGCUGAGGCAGGAGGUAGAGAUUGCAGUGAGCUGAGAUCACACCAUUACACUCCAGCCUGGGAAACAAGAGGGAAACUCUGUCUCAAAAAAAAGAAAAAGAAAAAGAAAACAAAUCUAUUGAAGAAAUAGGUAAAAACACUGGAGAAUUGUACAAAAUCAAGAGGUCAUAAAAGAAAUCAAUUUGAUUAUAUAUAUAUAUAAAUUUUAAACCUCUGCAUGGCAAAACCAACAGAAAACAAACAAAAAAAUGCCAAAACCAAAUCCUAAGCAAAUUCAAAAGAUAGAUAAUAAAUUGGGAAUAUAUAUUUGCAUCUCAUGCUACAAAGGGAUAGAUAAUCUCCCUAAGAAAUGGCAGUAGCAAAAUGGGCAAAGGGUGUGAACAGGAGUUUCACAGAAAAUGCAAAACAUGAAAAGAUACUCAGCCUCAAUGUAUGCCAGUAAGUAUAGAAAAAUACUGAUGUUACCCUGAGAUUUUUCAUAUUUCAGGCUGGCAAGGUUUAAAAUUUUUGAUGACACUGGUUUUUUUUUUUUGAGACAGAGUCUGCUUUGUUGCCCAGGCUGGAGUGCAGUGGUAUGAUCUUGGAUCAUUGCAACUUCUGCCUCCUGGGCUCAAGUGAUCCUCACACCUCAGGCAUCCGAGUAGCUGGGAUUACAGGUGCACACCACCACACCGAGCUAAUUUUUGUGUUUUUAGUAGAGAUGGGGUUUUGCCAUGUUGGCCAGGCUCGUCUCAAGCUCGUGGCCUCAAGUGAUCUACCUGCUUUAGCCUCUUAAAGUGCUGGGAUUAUAGGCAUGAGUCACUGUGCCUGGUCUUGUGGGUGACAUUUUGAAGAAAAAUAUUCCUGUACAUUGACGGUGGGACACCAUUCUCAUGGGGGGAAAUUGGCAUACCUAUCAAAAUUAGAAAUGGUUCUAACUACUUGGGAGGCUGAGGCAGGAGGAUCACUUGAGCCGAGGAGGUUGAGGCUGCAGUGAGCUGUGAUCACUGCACUCCAGCCUGGGUGACAAAACCCCAUCUCUUUUAAAUAAAAAAAAGUCGGGGGGAUACAUCCUCGGACCCAGUAAUUCUACUCCUAGGAAUCCAGCUUACACACAUCAGAAAGAAAAGAUAAAUGUACAAGGUUAGUUACUUCACAGUGAGAUAGCAAAAGAUUAGAAAGAACCCGAGUGUUUAUUGAUCUGCGAUAUAUUCCUUUAUAGCCCAGCCAUAUGAUGGAAUACUAUAAUGUUGUAAAAAUGGGUUAAGAGUUCUUUAUGAACUGGUGUGGAAAUAUUGCCAAGAUAUGAAAGCCAAAUGCAGAAAAAUGUAUGUGUUCUGCUAUUAUGUAUGUGAAAAAGAAAAGCAUUACAGUUCUCUGGAAGGAUAAAUACCAAUUUGAGAAUGGUGGAUAUCUGGAAUGACAGGUAUCCUUUUCACUGUACUUUAAAAGUUCUGACAUUUUGGUGUUUGCCUAUUCAAAAAAUGGUUAAAAUCAGUUGCCACCAAUUAAAAACUAGGAGAACGCAUAUAAAGA